AUGUCUGCGGAGGAAUCGGACAAACCGGCCAACGCGGACGCCAGCGCUGGAGGAGGAGAUGAGGAGGAGGAAUGGCUGUAUGGAGAUGAGGCCGAAGGCAAAGAGGAGGAUGAAGAGGCCAAAUUGAAUGCUACCGUUGGUGUUCCUCCAGCUGAUGCCUCUUCAGAUGAUGUUGUUGAACAUGCAACAGACAAUGGUGUGGCCUCUGAGCCCAGUGGGGAGGUCGCAGGUGAAGUUGUGGAAAGUGACAGCGACAGUGAUGAUGAUGACGAUGAUGUCCGUGUCACAAUUGGAGACAUUAAAACAGGAGCGCCACAGUACACGUCAUAUGGCGCACCUCCUGUCAAUCUUAAUAUAAAAUCGACUAGCUCCAGGCCAUACGGACAGGUUUCCACAAAACUUAAAGGAGUUGACUUGGAUGCUCCUGGAAAUAUUAAUGGUGUUCCUGUAUUGGAGGUGGAUGUGGAGUCAUUUGAAGAGAAACCUUGGAGAAAGCCAGGAGCGGAUUUAUCAGACUACUUCAACUAUGGCUUCAAUGAAGACACUUGGAAGGCUUAUUGUGAGAAACAGAAGAGACUUCGCAUGGGGCUUGAGGUAUCCACAGUGGGCUCAGUGACGAGUAAAAUUUCUGUGCAGCAAGGCCGUACUGGUAAUGAUAAAGACGUUUCCAGUUUGUCAGUUCACACAUCCAAAGCAGACUUUGCAGCUCCUGUUAGUAUGUACAAGUCCUCUGCCAGCCAAAUUACCAGUAGGAUCUCUCCCACUCAGUGGACUUGCAAGCCGGCUCCAGACAUUUCCUAUUUUCCAAAAUCAAGUGGGACAAUCGAUGUGAUUGGUGGACAGACGGCUACAAUAAGCAGAGUGGAGGGAAGACGCAGACACAAUUUGGAUGGCAACAACAUACAAGUGCUCUCUGAACACUCUGCGUCAGACGCUGAGCCAACACCUGCGAAGAUGCCACCAUUCUUCCCUCCAGGACAUCUCCCUCCAAACAUCCCUCCACCUCCAUUUCUCCCUCCGCCCCCUAACGUCAGCACAGCUCCGCCUCACAUCCCCCCACCCAGAAUGCCUAUCACAGUUCCUCCGCCUGGCUUUCCUCCACCGACUGGACCACCUCCUUCUAUUAUACCCACUUUGGACAGUGGACAUGGUGGCUACGAUGGACGCUCGAUGCCUCCCUAUGGUUUCCCACAAGUAGGUGCUUAUCCUCCUCCUAUGGUUGGAGGUGUGCCGCCUCUAUGGCCUCCGAUGAUGGACAAUUCUAAACCCUGGGGGGAGUACUACCCUCGCCGAGAUGAAAAGAGAGACAAAGAACGAGAGCGGCCCAGAGAGAGAGCACAUGAGCGAGAGAGGGAAAGGGAGCACAGCCCCACCGGAAUGGGCUACACCAGUGAUGAAGAGCGCUAUCGUUACCGUGAGUACCAAGAGCGUGGUGGAUAUGAGCGGCAUCGCGAGCGAUCCAGUAGGGAGAAGGAAGAAAGGCACCGAGAGAGAAGACACAGAGAGAAAGAAGAAGGGCGACACAAGUCCUCACGCAGUAGCAGUGGUCGACGGAGACAUGACAGUGAAGAAGGUGAAGGCCACAGACGACACAAGCACAAAAAGAGCAAGAGAAGCAAAGAAGGAAAGGACGCCAGCGAGGAGAUGAGUGCAGAUCAGGAAAACCAAGAGGGAAUGGAAUAA